GAGGAGAAACUCGAAGUCACGGCUGAGGAGAAGGCCAAGCUGAAAGAAGGACUCCAAGACAUCACCCUCGAGCGUACAAUCAAGAUCAUCAAGGAGCUCGUGUACAUGCACGAAGCCGAUCAGAACUUCUCUGGAGAGACGUUGAAUUCGAUGAAAGACUUUCUUGCCAAUCCGCCAAUCGACGACGUACCGGAGAAGAAUGAGACGCUCCGUUUGAUGAAGCUCGAGGCUCUUUUGGCCACAGAGAAUUCGCCCUACGCCGAAGUUCGUGCCGUCGCCGACCCCACUGACGAUCCGGAUAUGCCGUGUUCGACUCUGCGAGCAUGGUUUCUUGGCAUCAUCUUUUGUUGCUUCGGAGUCUUCAUCGACACUCUGUUCGCGUUCCGCUAUCCCAACAUCAGCGUCAGCGCCAAUGUCGCGCAGCUAGUGGCUUAUCCCGCGGGAACGUUCCUCGCUCGUGUGCUGCCGAAGUGGAGUUUCACUAUUUGCGGUCAGAAAUUUGAAUUGAAUCCGGGCCCUUUCAGCGCCAAAGAACACAUGAUGAUCACUAUCAUGGCAAACGUCGCCUUUACCUCGCCCUACACGGUCGCAAUCAUUCCGGUACAAGCUCUGCCACAGUAUUUCAACAUGCCAUUUGCUCGGGAUAGAGGGUACCAGAUCUGUAUCUCGCUCGCCGUCAACCUUUUCGGCGUCGGACUGGCUGGCGUGCUCAGACGAUUCCUCGUGUAUCCCUCUGUCGCCAUCUGGCCAAUGGCUCUGCAGUAUGUCGCACUGAUCAAGGCCUUUCACUCGGAAAAAGACGAGCCCGUGAGGGGUCCAUUGAAACGAGUAUAUACCUGGUCUCGAGAGAAAAUCUUCCUUUGGGCGACCCUGUUCAUGGGCAUAUAUUUCAUGCUGCCUGGAUACCUCUUCGGUGCCAUGUCCCUCUUCUCAUGGAUGACCUGGAUCUCUCCCAACAACAUCCAUCUUGAUGCAGUGGCCGGCGUCGCUGGAGGACUCGGUCUCAAUCCCUGGCCUACUUUCGACUGGAAUCUCUCAGGGUACUCGGGACUGUAUAUGCCAACGUUCUCCAUUGUCAAUCAGAUAGUGGGAGUGCUCAUCGCCGCCGUGAUGAUCCUCGUCAUCUGGUACAGCAACGCCUGGCAGACGGGCUACCUUCCCAUAAACUCCAACAGGACCUUCGACAAUACUGGAAGUCGCUUCAAUGUCACCAAGGUUCUCAACAGCAAGGGACUUUUCGACGAGGCCUCCUAUCAGCAGUACUCGCAACCUUGGUUCUCGGCUGGCUAUAUCGUAUAUACCAUCUGGUGCUUCGCGUCCUACACUGCUGCUUUGUCGUAUGUAUACUUCUUCUACCGGCAGACCAUCGUGCGCGGCUUUCAAGCCAUCUGGCGUCAAGUCCGCGGCAAAGUGGAAGACGGUGAGGUUGAAGAGGACAUUCACUACCGGCUCAUGAAACGUUAUAAGGAGGUCCCCGACUGGCACUACGUGAUCCUCUUGAUUGUCCCAAUUGUCUUUGGAAUCGCCGCCUUGACUGGAUGGCCAACAGGAGCUAGCGUCGGCGCCUUGUUCUACGGACUGCUCAUCCCCGUCAUUUUCAUCCUCCCCAUCGGCAUCAUCCAAGCGGUCACUGGCAUGCCCAUCGCGAUCAACACCUUGGCAGCCAUCAUCGGCGGUCUGAUCAAUGCAGGAAAUGCCAACGGGCUCAUCUUCUUCAAGUGCUGGGCCUACAUAUCCUCGUGGCAAGCACUUGGCUUCCUCAGCGACUUAAAACUGGCACACUAUGUCAAAGUGCCUCCGAGAACGGCUUUCUGGUGCCAGAUCGUCGCCACCAUCAUAUUUGCCGUCGUAUCAUCCCUGCAAAUGAACUUCAUCAUGGCCAUCAAGGACGUCUGCACCCCGGACGCCCCGUUUCGAUUUACCUGUCCAUAUCAGACCAGCUUCUUCACCGUCACUCUCUUCUAUGGCGUCCUCUCGCCGAAGAGACUUUUCGGAGCAGGCCAGCGGUACAGCAUGAUGCUGCUCGGCUUUCCACUCGGCUUCCUCCUCGUCUUCCUCUACUGGCUCCUUCAGAAGAAAUACCCACGCUCAUCUUUCGUGCGUCAGAUCCACCCGGUCAUGCUAUGCAUGGGUCCUGUCUCGUUUGGUGCGCCCUACAAUCUGGCGUUUCAUCUACCGAACCUCUACGUCAAUCUCUUCUCGUUUGUGUACAUCAGGAAGCGAUACCUCGCUUUCUGGUCCAAGUGGAACUAUGUCAUCAGCGCGGCUUUUUCUUGCGGCAUCGCUAUCUCUGCCUUGAUCAUCUUCUUUGCAUUGCAAAUACCCAAGGAUGGCAAUCUUGUCGUCAACUGGUGGGGCAAUAAUGUCGUCAAUGAAGGUUGCGAGGGCUCAGGAGGUUGUCCGCGACUCGAGCUUGGGGAUAGUGGUACUUUUGGACCAGCCUCGUGGUCUUGA